AUUAACCCCUUUUGAGUUCAUGCUGUACAAUUCAAUUCAACCAUCCAUGUGAUAAGCAAUAAAGUUUAUAGUAAUUAAGUGAAUAAUUAGUGAAUUAGCAUACAAAGGUGAUAAAGUGUUGUGUAACCAUAUCCACAAAAAAUACCCAUAGACAAAAAUGUGGAUAGAAGAAGCUGAGGAAUUAUUUAAGGGAUAUUUCCCCUAUUAUUUAUUAAUAGUUUUACCAAUGUUUAUAAUUAUUUCACCCAUUAAUCCGGUCUCCGCCGCAUACGAAUUUCCAGUGUACAGAAUGCAGCACUACGAUCUGCAUGGACAAUCACAUGGGUGUAGAAGUGCAUCGGUUAAUUUAGAAGCCAGAUCACUGCAAAGCUGGGCGACAUCGAGGCACUGUGUCGUUACCCGCAUGCAGGACCUUACAGUAGAUUAUUUCCGUAAUAUACGUAAUAAAGCUGGUGCACUUUUAAUCGUGUUUCCGGAGGAUUUCUCACAGCUCACAUUCGAGGAGAAGCAGCACUUAAUGGUGUUAGAAGAUGCAAUGUUGGCUCAGGAAGUAAGCAUACCGGUCUACUUCGUUAAUUCCACUCCAGAUUUGGAAAACAUUGUCGGGGAAAUUUCCACUGUGAUCUCCGCAGAGGAUAAGACUAAGUCUGCUACGGAAGCAUUGUUUACUUCCAUUGCUGCUAAUGGUUACCAAAUUGUGAUAAAUCCACGUACCCCUAGUCCCAAAACUGAUAUUAAAAUAAAUAGUAUUCAGGGAACUUUACCGGGUCAUACUGUCGAUGGUAAAACACCCACAAUUGCUGUUGUUGCUCAUUAUGACAGUUUUGGUGUUGCACCUGAUCUGUCGUUUGGGGCCGAUUCUAAUGCGUCCGGUGUAGUCGUGCUACUUGAAUUAAUGCGACUAUUCUCAAUUUUGUAUGCAGAUCCAAAGACGCACGGAAGGUACAAUAUAAUUUUUUUGUUAAGCGGUGGUGGUAAAUUAAACUACCAGGGGAGUAAGAAAUGGUUAGAAGAUCAGUUGGAUUCUCUCGACGGGUCAAUAAUACAAGACGCCUCGUACGUUAUGUGCUUGGACACUCUUGCAUCUAGCGACGGCUUGUACAUGCACGUCUCAAAACCUCCAAAGGAGGGAUCUCCUGCGUCCACGUAUUUCAAAGAACUUAAAUUGGCGGCAGACCGCCAAACUAUUAUUAACGUUGAUGGGGUUCAUAAAAAAAUUAAUUUGGCUGAUGACUUACUCGCGUGGGAACACGAGAGGUUCAGUAUACGUCGCCUCCCUGCAUUUACUUUGUCGUCUUUGAAAAGUCACAAAGAUUUACUGAGGGGGACUAUCUUAGAUACGUACAAAAACUUCAAUUUGGACAGAUUAGUGCAACACACACAGCUCAUAGCGGAGGCGCUCGCCAGUCAUAUAUACAAUGUCUCCGGUACUGAACUGUUUGGCAAAAGCUUACAAAUUGACGAAGGCUUCUUAAGCGCGUGGAUGGAUUUCUUAUCAGCACAGCCACGUUCUGCCCAGUUGCUAUCGGGAAAAGAUAACUUGCUAAUUAACUUUUUCAAAGAUGCAUUUUCAAGGUAUACGCGAGAUGUCCGAAUAACCCACCUGACACCAGACAAAAGAGACCCGGACUUUAUGUUCUACGAAGUUACACGAGGAACAGUCAAUAUUUAUAGUGUUAAACCGGCAAUAUUUGAUCUCAUUCUUACCUUAGCAAUUGUUUUGUACUUAGGUUGUGUAUACUUAUGCAUACAAAAGUUCCCAAGCUUCUACAAUGCGGCUUGUAGUGUAUCGUUUAAGAAAAAAGUUCAGUAAACUACGAUAUUAUA